CGACGACCUGCUGACCCUCUUGACCCGGCAAGGUGUAAUGUCAUGUCAUGUCAUGUCAUGGUGGAGGGAGCGCGGAAAUUCCUCAAGACCUCUGCCUCCAUCGGUGGAUCGAUCGAUCACGCUUAUUUAAUGGCCUUCGCUCAAGUUGCAUACCAGGCAAAUUAAGAGGCGCAGGAAGGCAAGCUUUUCUUUUCUCACAGCAGGAAGCAACAAGCGGCAUCGAUCGAUGUUCCCCGUCUUUCUGUUGCUUCUUUUGCUUCUCCGGUCGGCAUCGGCAACAACAUUCAGCCACUGGACUGAUGUGGAUGCCUUGUUGGCAUUCAAGGCAAGCAUAAACAACCAGCGGGGUGGUGUUCUAGAUGCAUGGAACACAAGUAAUACUACCACUACAUUCUGCCACUGGCCUGGUGUGGUUUGCAGCCAGCACAGCAGGGUCACGGCGCUUAACCUCACUUCCCAGGGCCUUGGUGGCAUAAUCACGCCUUCCAUUGGGAACCUCACAUUCUUGAAAACUCUAGACCUCAGCCUCAACAAUUUGGAUGGUGAAAUACCUCCAUCAAUUGCUCGUCUCUCUCAUCUGCGAUAUCUUGACUUGUCCAACAACUCACUUCAUGGUAAUAUACACCCUGGCUUGAACAAUUGCACCAGUCUUGAAAACAUCAACCUUGGAGCAAACCACUUCACCGGAGAAAUUUCCCCUUGGCUUGGGCUUGGAGGAUUGUCCAGUCUCAAGGUUAUACGACUAUGGAACAACAACUUCACUGGAACCAUCCCGCCAUCACUUACCAACCUCUCAGCACUGCAAAAUAUCGAUUUCACAACAAACCAAUUACAAGGUGACAUCCCUGAGGGCCUUGGUAGGAUCACUAGUCUCAACAUGAUUCAACUGGGUCAAAACCGCCUCUCAGGCAUCAUCCCUGCAACUUUCUUUAACCUUUCCUCUCUAACCGGUUUCAAUGUGGCGGUCAAUGAGUUGCAUGGUAAACUUCCCUCAAACUUGGGGGAUCGCCUCCCAAAUCUCAAGUACCUAUUACUCGGCUUGAACCACUUCACAGGAAACCUUCCGGCUUCUCUUGUCAAUGCAACUGAGAUUUAUACCUUAGAACUGUCAUCCAACAACUUCACCGGUAGAUUGCCUCGAGAGAUUGGAAUGCUCUGCCCGGACACCCUCAGUCUAGAAGUGAAUCAGCUAACGGCAGCUACUGCUAAGGACUGGGAGUUCAUGACCUUGUUGACAAACUGCACACGUCUCGGUACACUUGACCUUUAUUUCAACAAUUUAGGUGGCGUGCUGCCAAGCUCUGUUGCCAACCUAUCAGCACAACUCCGAGAGCUAGAUGUUGGAUACAAUCAGAUUUCUGGAAAGAUACCAUUUGGCAUAAGCCAUCUUGUUGGGUUAAAUCAACUGGACCUCUCAAAUAAUCGUUUUACCGGUUCCUUGCCCGACGACAUCGGGAGGCUAAAUCUGCUCCAGGCUUUGUAUUUCGAAAACAAUCUAUUCACAGGUUACUUGCCAUCCUCCCUCGGGAACUUGACACGGCUAGUAAUUCUUCCUGCAACCGGCAACAAGUUUGAGGGGCCGCUUCCAACAAGCCUAGGUAGCCUCCAGGAGAUGACUAUAGCAGACUUUUCACACAAUAGGUUCACAGGUCCAUUGCCUAAGGAGAUCUUUAACCUGUCGUCUCUGUCAAAUUUGCUAGACUUGUCUGACAAUUACUUUUUUGGUCCUCUUCCACCACAAGUCGGCAGCCUGACAAACCUUGCAUACCUAUAUGUAUCGAGGAACAACUUAUCAGGUCCCCUACCCAAUGAACUUAGCAACUGCCAAAGCCUGACAGAACUCAGAUUGGACCAUAACUCCUUCAACAGUAGCAUUCCCUCAUCUAUCAGCAAAAUGCAAGGUCUGAUGUUGCUAAAUCUUACAAAGAACACACUCUCUGGUGUGAUUCCUCAAGAGUUAGGGCUAAUGGGUGGCACUGGAGAGUUGUAUCUCGGACACAACAACCUUUCUGGCCAUAUCCCUGAAAGUUUGGAGAACAUGACAUCAUUAUACCGGUUAGACCUGUCAUUCAACCAUCUAGGUGGCAGAGUUCCAUCACGGGGCGUGUUCAGUAAUGCAUCUGGGUUUUUGUUUGGUGGUAAUUUGGGGCUUUGUGGUGGAAUAUUGGAGUUACAUUUGCCCCCAUGCCCGGCAGAAUCCAUGGGACAUGGUUUGAGGAAACACCAUUUCAUCACUACAGUAGUUAUCCCAAUUAUUGCUGGCAUAACUCUGUGUGUGAGUUUCGCACUUGUUUUCUUCACAAUGAGAAAGAGAUCGAAAGCUCGAUUGACAGCCGUACAAGGAUUUCAACUGAUGGAUGACCGUUAUCCAAGAGUUACUUAUGCUGAACUAGUCCAUGGAACAAGUGGCUUUGCUUCAGACAAUCUAUUGGGUGGAGGAAGGUAUGGAUCAGUGUACAAGUGCUGUUUGCUGCUAAGAAAUAUGAUGACCACAGUAGCUGUAAAGGUUUUUGAUCUUCAACAGGUUGGCUCUUCAAAAAUCUUUAUAGCUGAGUGUGAGGCACUUAGUAAGAUCCGCCAUCGUAAUCUGAUCAGCUUCAUAACUUGUUGUUCGAGCUCUGACACGAACCAAAACGACUUCAAAUCCAUUGUGUUCGAGUUCAUGCCUAAUGGGAGCCUAGACGGGUGGAUACACAUGGAUGUGCAUGCAUCACAUCAACUCCAAGGCAUGACAUUGAUGCAGAGAUUGAAUAUCGCAGUGGAUGUUGCUGAUGCGCUUGACUAUUUGCACAACAGCUGCGAACCACCAAUAAUUCACUGUGACUUGAAGCUGAGCAACAUUCUUCUCGACGAGGAUCUAGUCGCUCACGUCGGGGACUUGGGCCUCGCAAAGAUUCUUGCUGAACCAGCCGCGGAGCAACUGAUUAAUUCACAGAGCUCGGUUGGAAUACGAGGAACAAUUGGAUACGUCGCUCCAGAAUACGGCCAAGGUGGUCAAGUUUCUUCAUGCGGAGACGCAUACAGCUUUGGAAUUGUCAUCCUCGAGUUGUUUACAGGGAUGGCACCUACUCAUGACAUGUUCGGAGACGGGUUGACCUUGCAGAAGCAUGUAGAGGAUGCAAUUCCAGGGAUGCUAAUGCAGAUUGCUGAUCCAGUCCUGCUGUCCAUUGAAGAAGCUAACGCGAACACAGUGGAACAUGUCAGCAAUGCCAUAUUCUCCGUCAUGAAGGUUGCGCUAUCAUGCAGCAAGCAUAAUCCGACAGAGAGAAUGCGCAUCAGAGACGCGGCUGCUGCGAUUCACAGGAUAAGGGAUGCUCAUGCACAUUAAGGUAUACUAGAUGACAUAACGAGGAAGCCAAUAAAUAUAAGAUAUAACUGCGCAUAAACGCAGGUCCUUUUUUGCUGAAACAAGUGUGUCACUCACGCGCUUAAUUGGCUUUGUAGUGUUUAUUAUGUAUUCCAGUCUAGGUGUGGUUUAGCCUCUAGCUGGCCCUGUUUGGUUAGCAUGUUGAUCUGUCCUUUGCAGUUGUGCUUGUCUAGGUGUGGCUCUCGUGGCGUGGCUUGUAUGUGGGGAAUAGUUUUGUACGGUGAACUAGUAGUCCCAUAUCCAUAUGUAUUGGUCAUUGUUGGCCCUGGCUUUUCUAAA